AUGGCAGACAUCUCCACACAAGAGAGCGUCCAGCUCGAAGACCUAUUUAAAAUGAGAGAGCAACUACAUAAGCAUGAACAAUUACGGAUGCAAGAGCAGUUAAAAAUGCAACAAGAGUUGUUGCAGAAACAGGAGUUGUGGAUGCAGCAACAGUUGCAGAAGAAACCACUUUUACGUAUGCCACAAGAAGAAGUAACGACUGUAGACGAAUGGAAGUUUACGCAGAUUUAUGCUGAUGAACCAAAAACAACAGAAGAUAAAUUUGAAACUGUACCAUCAGUGGAGCUGCUAAAAGAAGAUACAACCGAAAGACCUAAAAGCAAAAAGAAGCGUCGUCAUAAGAAGAGAAUGUCGCAUAGGCACCAUAAACCAAAACAAACACGAGAGGAUUCCUUGCAAGAGAUUUUCACAACUGUAUCAAAGCAACACCACGAAAAGGAAACAGUAGAAACUACAACAGAAAAUAUUUUUAACACUUUGUCGUCUCAGAAAGAAGAUUUCAACACGACCCCUGUACCACAUAAGAUCAAAUACAAUAUCCAAGUUCAAGUUUAUUCUUUACAAAUUUUAGAAAUAGGUAUGCAGGUCUUUGAUGAAAUGAAAAACAAAACUAUUGACGAAACUAUUAAGACUAAGUUACAAGAUCUUUCUGACAUUUAUGCAUAUAAAUACAAAGAAUUUCUUAGUGAAACUUAUAAACACGAAAUCAAAACGAGACUUGGAAUACAAAAAGUAUUUCUUAAUGCAAUCGAUGUCUCAGAUCACAUUCUGAAACGAUUGGUCAAUGGAGUCGUUACUGAUUUAGACAAUAGGGGUAGUUUGCGUGAGAAUAUUGGCGCUAUUAAUGAUUUGCAGCAAGAAGUGCGCCAAACUACAGAUCGACAGUACCAACUUCUUUGUUCUAAAUUGAAUAUAUGUCGAUCUAAUAAUGGGUUUCCUGAAUUUUUAAGUGACUUCUUAACUACCAUUUUAAGAUGUAACGAUGAAAAGUUUCAGAAUGCAAUAGACGCGCUUACUGAAGUAGCAAAAGAGGUAGAUUUCAAGAACGUAUUUAAUAAAAAAACACGAAAGCAAAUUAAAAUAAUGAUUGAGCACGUUGAAAAUCAAAAGGUAGGCGUUCUAAAACCGAGUCUUUUGAUCAUAAGAAAUAUAAUAGCUAAUAAAAAUAAACCCAUUGUAGUUAAACCAUCUGAAAUGAAAAAUAAUAGAGUUAAUUCAACUAUUGCUUUUUUGGAAAUUUUAGAUGCAUUUGAUAUUAAGUUACCGAGAACGGACGCGAAUAUUCUUGAAUGGGGGGAUCUACGGACGAGUUUGCAUCAGUGGGGAAAAAACAAGAGGAACGAUAUUCAGGAUAUAAUGGGUAUAUUCAUAAGGCAUAUCAAAGGGGCUCUUGAAGGCAUGCCGAGUUUAAUGCAGGACCAUGUGGCCAAAAACUUUGCUCGGUUCUUAAGACGUCAUUGA